GUUGGUGUAAAUAAUCAUUUACAGACAGUGCUUCUUGGCGGUGUACUGAUGACUGAUGAAAAAAUUGAUAGCUUCAAAUGGGUGUUCAGGGAAUUUGCAUCGCUCAUGGGUGGAAGAGAGCCAAGAACAAUACUAACAGAUCAAUGCCGGUCGAUGGAAGUGGCACUUGCUGAUGAGUGGCAGAACACAGUCCACCGUUGGUGCAAGUGGCAUGUCUUGAAGAGAGUAAAAGAAUGCUUGGGUACCAAAUACACUAGUAUCAGGGAAUUCAGGGACAAGUUCCACUUAAUGCUGAAUGAAAUGCUCACAAUAGAGAAGUUUGAGCAGAGUUGGGCUGCGUUGCUGAAGGAGUAUGGUCUAUAGAGCAAUGCUUUCCUUUCUCAGAUCUAUGAAACAAGGGAGAAGUGGGUCAAAAGCUAUUUCAAGGGUGUUUUCUGUGCAAGGAUGAUAAGUACUCAAAGAAGCGAGAGUGCGAAUCACAUGCUUAAAAAUAUCUUAUCACCUGGCUGCACACUACGGCAGUUCUUGGACCAGUACAUGAAGAUGCAGUACAUCCGGGAUGAAGAUGAAAACUACGAAGAGCGGCGUAACAAACUGAAUGUGAAGAAAAUGACAGUAGGGGGUCCAUUAGUAGUGCAUGCACACAAGGUUUAUACUCUUAAAGUUUUUGCGCUAUUUUGUGAUUUGAAGGAAGAAUCUGAAUUUUACCGAGCUACAGAGGUUGUGCAAGGGAAGCACUAUGUUGCAGAACACUAUGAUCUUAAUCGGGUGCAGCGAUGGUGCAAAGGCAAAUAUGAAGUGGAAGUGGUUGAAAGAGGGGGGAAGUACAUCUACGAGUGUGGCUUAUUUGAGCAUUUCGGUUUACCGUGCAGUCACAUAUUAAGGGUAAUGAUCAGUACAGGGGUUCAGCAAAUACCAGGGGAUAUGGUAUUGCAGCGCUGGACUAAGCAGGCACGGCAUUUACUGCCGGAGGAACUAGCACAGUACAGGAAAGAUAAUCCAGCACUGAUGGCACAGACAUACAGGCACUCAUCAUUGAUGCUCAAAGCACUCCAUUUGGUCGAGAUGGGCGAUAGCAAUGCAGAAAGCCAUACCAUAGCAAUGCAAAUACUAGAUAACGGUAUAGAAUCAUUGCAUGAAGUAGCCAAAAAGAAAGAUGGGCUGGGAUUAGGACACCCGCAAGCUGAAGUUCAGCUACCAAUUUUAGACGGUGAUCAAAUGGAUAAUUUCCCUGAACGUGCACCGAAAAGGAAGAAGGAGCGAGGGCGGCCAAGCAACAAGAGGUCGAAAGCAGGGCAUGAGAAGCUGACGAGGCGCCCAAGAUUUUGCAGUGUAUGUCGGAGCAACAAGCACACAAUGCAGAACUGUCCGGAUCGCGAUCCAGCAACAAAGAAGGCUAGAAGGCCACCAACAUGUAGCGGCUGCGGUGUCAAUGGUCAUACUGUGGAUCGCUGUGGUGUCAAUCAGCAGCGACUUGCUGCAACUGAAUAUAUGUUCCUGUAGGAUACCUUCAUUUCAGAUUUUGUAGUAACUGGCAUCGUCCAUA